GACUUUAGGGCGUGAAUGACUUCGGUGCGUCCCAAUGCGCAUGCGUCCUAAAUAGUGUAUCGAAUUAGCACAUUACUAUUUGUAUCGACAGAAAUUUAGGCAUACUGUUUAGUAAGUAGUGUGCGGUUUGGGACGGAGUCCUUGCUUUGAAGUGACAGGUGGAUUGUUGCUCUGUGAUUGGAUGAGUCGCACGAGACUAGUGUUUUGUGAUUGGCUAAACCCACACGCGCGCAUAAAUUAUGAACGUUAGGUCGUUGAUGACUGCAACCCGGAAGUGGCUCGGGGCGUAACGUUUGAAUUUCGACCGUUAGUUUUAAAAGCAAACAAACAAAAAUAUAACACAGUUAAUGCGUGAUGUCUAGUAAAGAAACGUCUCGUGUGCAACGCCAAAAAGUAACAAAGGCGAAAUUAAAAACAAAGAUGGUUGUUAGUAAAGCUUUUCUGGCGUUGCCAGUUAGAAAAAGUCCCGAAAUUUCUGUGACCUGCUUAUCAAGAAAGACACAUCUAAAGUUUAGUUCUUCAUUAAAAUUAAAGGAGAAGUCUCUGGGUGCUACACUGGGUUUAACUCAGCACAAGAUACAACAGAGCAGAGGGACCUCUGUCUAUACACAAGAUGCAGAGCCCUAUCUUUUCGAUGAUGAAGAAAACGAAGAAGGACCAUUGAAUAAUGCCCCAGGAGGUAGAAAGGAGAAAGGAACUCAGUGUGAAGUGAAGCAGAGUGUGCUGAGGACAAUAUCCAGGAUGCUGCAGGAGAACAGGAUCAUCAGAAAGCAGUGGAACAGGUUAUCUCAGCAUUACAGUUUCCCUUCACUGGAACUAAGAGGCCCAAACCUGUUCCAGCAUGACCAAGCCCCUGUGCACAAAGCGAGUUCCAUGAAGACAUCAUUUGCAAUGGUUGGAGUACAAGCUAUUAUUACACACAAGACUUAUCAAAGAAGAUUGUUAAACCUGCUUGGAAUGCUGUAG